GAGAGUGGGCACCGUCCCCUCCUUGUCCUGGGCACUGCCCAGGCCGGGUGUUCCUUGUGAUUCCCUAAAAAACACAUGGAUCCUGGUUUUUGGGGGGUGCAGGGGGCUGGCAGAGGCUGACAGGAGCCCUUGGCACACGCUGGACAGGACACUGAGGCCUGGGGGGCACACGCUGUCCUUGAGUGGCUGCAGGGGACAGGGUGGCCCUGGCAGAAGCUCCCUGGGACUUUUCCAUUCCCCACAAGGCUCCCGAGCUCUGACGUGUCUCUGUUCCCCUUGGCACGGCCGGAGCUCCGGAUCCACUCAUCUCCUGCCCAGCUUUGGGCAAAUCCCGGCCUUCCCCCACUUUGCCCACACCUUUCCUUUGCCACACAGGGGGGUUUGGUGUCCCCCAGCCCCUGUCACCACCCUGUGCCUCUCCUCCCGCAUCUCCCCGGGCUGUUUUUCCCACUUUGGGAGCUCUGGGAAGCUCCAUCCCUCUCCCGGUGUCACCCCGCUCUGCAGGGAGGUGACAAACCCGGCGGGGGCCGAGCUGAGGGGGGAAUUCCGUGGAAAACAGAUGGACAAAUCCCUGGUUGUUUUCCCGGAGCGCCGAUUUCCCAACACAGCCGGAGCGCACGGCCGGCUCCUCUCGUCCCGUUCCCAGCCCUCGCACGCGGUCUCCGGUCCCUCCCAGGGUGGUUCUCCCGGGCACAGCCCCUCUGGAAUGUCAGCUGGACAUUCCGGGCUCCUGCCAGCGCCGACGCAGUCGGGCCAUGCCCAAGCGUCCCCUCAUUCCUCCCCGCGGAGCCGCAGCGAGAAGCAGCGAGAAACGCGGCACGGGCAGCGCGCCGAGGCUCCGCCGCAGCCCCCGGCGCACACCUGCAGCCACAGAUUUCAUUGGCGAAAGGCCAGCGUGGAGCAAAACCCAGUGUGGUGGAAACAGCAGAGCGGGUGAAAAGCGUCCUGGUGCUGCCCACGCCAGGCUGUGCUUCCCAGCUCCGUGUGCUGCUGCUGAAGGGUCUCGAGCCCCCCGAGCUGUCCCUGGCACCCCCAGGGCUGUCCCUGGCACCCCCAGAGCUGUCCCUGGCACCCCCAGGGCUGUCCCUGGCACCAUGGUGGGGCAGAGCCCGCUGGGCCCUGCCGAGGGCAGGGCUGCCGUGCUCCUGCAGCCCUUCGUGCACCAGGUGGGCGGCCACACCAGCAUGCUCACCUACGACGAGCACACGGUCUGCAAGCCCCUGGUGUCGCAGGAGCUGAGCUUCUACGAGUCCCUGCCGCUGGCCAUGAGGCAGUUCACGCCUCAGUACAAAGGUAUCGUGUCCGUGCACCUCAAGAAGGACAGCCUGGGCAACCUGACCCUGAUUGCCAGCCCCAGCCUGGGCCAGCCGGACAGCGCCGGCGGUGACGCCGCUGUCACCUUGUGGCACAAGUGCAAGUGGAGCCACACCCAGGUCACCAAGACCUUCAAAGACAGCUGCCCUGGGAAGAUGCUUUUGAGGACAGACCUUCAGUACCACACAGAUUCCCUUUUGGAAGAGGCCAAUGGGAAGCAGCCGGAAAGGAAGAGCUACAACCCCUGGGGGCUGCACUGUCACCGGCAGCACCUGAACCGCAUCUCCUCCAAGCACAACGAGAACAAACUUCAUCAGUUCCUCCUGCUGGAGAACGUGGUGUCCAAGUACAGCUUCCCCUGCAUCCUGGAUCUCAAGAUGGGCACUCGGCAGCACGGGGAUGACGCCUCGGAGGAGAAGAAAGCCCGGCACAUCAAGAAGUGUGAGCAGAGCACCUCGGCAUCGCUGGGCGUGCGCAUCUGCGGCAUGCAGGUUUACCAGGCAGACACGGGCCAGUUCCUGUGCAAAGACAAAUACUUUGGGAGGAGGCUGUCUCCGGAGGGAUUCCGGCAGACCCUGCGGCUGUUCCUGUGCAACGGGAAGCAGCUGCGGGCGGAGCUGCUGGAGCCCAUCGUGCUGCGCCUCAAGGCGCUGCUCGCCGUGAUCAGGAAACAAAGCUCCUACAGGUUCUACUCCAGCUCCCUCCUCAUCAUUUACGACGGGCAGGAGCACAAGGAGAGCGCGGAUCAUCGCCCGCCCUUCCCAAAAACUCACGGCACGAACCCCUCCAGGGUGGAUGUGAGGAUGAUAGACUUUGCCCACACCACCUUCAAAGGCUCCAAGAGCAACCCCAACCCCACCCCGCACGACGGGCCGGACCACGGCUACAUUUUCGGCCUGGAGAACCUAAUCAAAAUCCUUCAGAGCCUGUCGGAAGGGAAGUGAGGAUUUCUGUGAGACGGCCUGGAUUUCCUAGUGGCUGAUAGCCCUGAAAAUCCCGCCUGGGGUCAGCUGUGUGGGACCCUCCGGCCGCUGGAUGUGGCACGGAACGAGCACGGAUAAAUCGGGAAGUGCUGAAAACUCCCCGUGCGCCGUCAUUGGACUGAAGCGUGGAAAGCAGAGAGCUGGAGGAAUCUGCUCUCUCUGCCGUCCAGCAGAAGAUUUAUUUUCCUUUCUGGUUUUACUGCUGUCCUUGAUUUAUCUGUGAGCCAAAGAAAGCAUUACUAGGGAAGAGUCUUAAUGAUGAACCUGGAGCUGCUCGCGCCGCAGCCGAGCGGGAGGAGGGGGUUUGGGGCAGGAAUGAACUGAUGGAGCUUCCCUCUGGAGCUUCCCUUCCUGCUCCUGCUGAGGCGGGAGGGAAAAACACCCUCCAACAUUCCCAGUGCCCCUGGCCGGGAUUCUCUGUGUGCCUGUGCAGACCAAGAGCUGCACCUCGCCAAGCUUUAACAUCCCCGUGGGGUUAGAACAGGGAAAUUUCCACGGAUUUUCUAGGAAAGAGGCUCCAUUGGGGCUCGAAUAUAUAUAUAUAAAAUAUAUAAAGUCAAAAUAUAUGGGAAUGCGAUGACUCUGUCAGGUAUCAGCCACAAAAAACGUUCACAUCAAGGGAUUUUUGCUUAAAAAAAACCAAAACAACAAAUCAAGAAAAAAAAAGGAAAAGAAGUGUGAGUUUGAGUCAAGGACUGGAUGUCAAAAGUCACCCAGAAAUUCUUUGAUACAAAUACUGCGUGUGUGUAUGUGUGUGUUUGUGUGCGUGUGUGUGUGUGUUUGAAGGAGACAUUUACAAAAGACUCUAAAAAUAAUGUUUACAGCUUUUGUGGACAGAUUUUAUUAUUGUGACGGAACAAAUAUAAUUCCUUCCUGCAUGGUGUGGGAAAUCUUCUGAAGGAGUCCUUGCACAAGGAAUAGAGCUACAGAACUCCACUACCGGGGAGUGGGGAUAUAAAUAAAAUUGUGGAAGUAACUCCCACCCUUGUCCAUCUCUUUUUCCCUCCUGCAGCAGCCUUGAGGUACAUUAAGUACAUUGAGUAUGGGUUCAAGCCCAUAAUUUUUUAAGAGGUUUAAACACCAGAUCCCAAGGGAGACGCUUCACUUGGAUUUACAGCAGAAAGCUGGGGAGCUGCUGCAAUUUAGAGCUGGAAAAUUUAAGACAUCUGGCCCAGUUGUGUAUUUUGCUUGGCCUGGAGUCCACCUGGGAAGACUCUUGUUCAGAGUUGGGUUAUUGCUUGACCACAAACUGUAAAAAAAAAAAGCCUCAAACACCCAAUUUCAGCAGGGAUUGAGCCACGGAUUGUCCUGGCUCACGUCAGAAGGCUGUGAUAUGAGUUUGAGGCUUUGUGGAUGAGUUUGAGCAUUCUCAGGGUGCUCAGAAGGGCACGGGUGGGACAAGGGAUGGAUGAGGAGGGUCUGGGUGUGACACUACAACCAGAGCACCUCCUUGGGCAGCCCCUCACUCUUCGUUGCUGCACAGAAAACAACUUGCUGGCUGAAUAAUUAGAAAAAGCUGAAUUAGAAAAGUGUGCCCUCCCUUUUUAUCCCCCAUACACCUGCACAAUGUGGCUGCCCCAUCCCUGAGGGUGUCCAAGGCCAGGCUGGACAGGGCUUGGAUCAAUAUAGGAUAGUGGGAAGUGUCGCUGCCCAUGGCAGGGGGUGGGAUGAGAUGGGAUUUAAGGUCCCUUCAACUCAAACCACCGUAAAUCCUGUGAGGAGUGGCUGAGGGAGCUGGGAAGGGUCUGGAGCACCAGGAAUGGCUGAGGGAGCUGGGAAAAUGGGCUCAGCCUGGAGGAGGAUCAGGGGGAAUUUCUGGCUCUGCACAACUCCCUGACAGGAGGGGGCAGCCGGGGUGGGAAGGGUUCAGGCUCUGCUCCCAAGGGACACGGCAAGGGAAAAGGACCUCAAACUGAGAUUCAAACUGGAAUUUCCUCACGGAAAGGGCGCUCAGGCUUUGGAAGGGGCUGCCCGGGGCGCUGCUGGAGUCCCCAUCCCUGGAGGUGCGGCACUGGGCGCUCUGGGCCGGCCACAAGCCGGGGCUGAGGCGCGGUGCGGGACCCGCCGCCCCUGAGGGGAAUUUCCCCCUCAGCCAUUCCCGGGACCCGCCGCUCCCGAGGGGAUUUUCCCCCCUCAGCCAUUCCCGGGACCCGCCGCUCCUGAGGGGAAUUUCCCCCCCUUUAACCAUUCCCGGGACCCGCCGCUCCUGAGGGGAAUUUCCCCCUUUAGCCAUUCCCGGGACCCGCCGCUCCUGAGGGGAAUUUCCCCCUUUAGCCAUUCCCGGGACCCGCCGCUCCUGAGGGGAAUUUCCCCCCUCAGCCAUUCCCGGGACCCGCCGCUCCUGAGGG